UCAAUUCGCCUGCUUUGCGGUGCAAGACAUAGGCGAACGCAACUGAAGGUCGCCGCCGCCUGCGAUCGGAACGGCAGACGCGCUAGGCGGUGUGGUAGCGUGACAAUUGCACUAGCGAUAGACGAUGGCACUGAACUCCCACCAGGAAGAUGGAAGGCCGCCGCAAGCAAACAGAGGACCCACAAGGUGCACAAAGGAUUACCCCAUCAGAUUUGGGGUCUAUUGUUUGAAAGGCACCAACUGUGACAUGAUUUUCAUAUAAAACGUGAAUUGAUUAGGGAAUUACGAUCAUUGCUGUUGGUGCUUUCGUUUAUUUCAGUUUAAUUCUUGACUUCGGAAAACGGUGUGACCUGCAGAAAAAGUGAUGUUCCGUAAGCAAGUGACAGUGGGUGUGAUCGUUGCCUUAGCGACGUUGAAUUUUGCUUUUGCUCAAAGUACAAACUGGCGCCGCCCGAACGAGACAUCGUUUUCUAGCGAGUCGGCAAGCGAUCGCAACCAGCGGCUGGGACUGACCACCGGUUAUGGAGGCCUUAACGGCUAUGGAUAUUCUAGUUCCGGGGUAGGAGGCUACGCUCCGUUGAAAAUCGAUCUAGGUGGAGUGGUUCUCGGCACUUUAGUCGGGAUAGGAGCACUGCUUAUCCUGCCCAAAUUAGUCAGUGCUUUCGGAGGUGGGGGCUACGGAGGCCACUACCGAAGUGCCGAUUCGAACGAUCUUACUGGAGUAACUGAAAUGCUGAACAAGGUGGACGAUUUUCUGGCGCAGAACAACAUUGACUCGGGUUCUUGUAUGCAGAAAGCAAUCUGCAGUUACGUGCGGUCCUCCGAUUACCACAUGCAGGUGGGAACGGCCGAUCAAAUCGAACACAUGAUUCUGGCUUUAUCGGAGAAUUCUCUGGUGGACUACAUGCUUGAUGGAACCGCAAUUAGGGAGGCCAUCAAAAACGGUAAACAACAGAGCGCGCGGUCCUGUGACGAUCUGUACAAAACUUGUCCCUUGGAUAGGCAAUCUGCGCUACAAGUAUUCAAGAAAAUGUUUCCUCUAGGGGGAAACUAAGUUGAGUACUGCGGAAUAUCGGACAACAUGUAAAUUUUUGAGAGACGCGGCAACAAAUGACAAAUAUUUGACUAUAAUAGCCAUAACCUACUCAUUAUGCUAUUAAUAGCAGAUCGCAACUAGGGAUCUUACAAUGGAUCGUCAUACAACAGCUUCUAGUUUCUUUUAUAUUUGUCCUUCAAACCCGAACACAUUCACGAUUCAUUCGUUAACCCACGCGCGCAACGAAUUAACCAUGAAUCACACAAACAGUAAACACCUCUCUCAAGUUGAUGACACACAACCCGAUUACUACGAUACGAUUGCUUCUGGAGCACGGGAAAUAGUAUUUCAAGAAUUUUCGGCCUCCUUGGAUGGCUGGGAAAAACUAAAUUUCGUGCUCGGUCGUGUCAUCGACCGAUCGUUCAAAGAGAGGCGGCAGAAAUGUCGAAAUCAUCAUCUUUUUUCGCGUUCCAAAAGUUGAAGAACACUGACCGAAAGGCCCUCUAUUUCGGGAACAUUCCUUCCCGACAGCUUUUUGACUAUGAUUCGAGAUGAGGGUAGCGACGUUACUACGAACACCUUUGACCAGAAAAGAACGAUAAAAUAUUUUCUUUGAAGACUAGUUUUGCUAUUCGAACAAAUGGUGAAUGGUGCCGGUGGUGGUAGCUUUGAUGUGAAAUGCCUGAUAACUCUAGAGUUGCUGUAAAAUUUUCGACGGAAAUCUUUAUUUAAGUAAACAAAAAUAAAUUAAUAAAUAUACGUUACGAAGGGGAUCCACUAACUAUUGCGAGGUUUCUUAGAAACGGGUACAGGUUUUAGAAAAAUCGCAAUUGUAAAUACUAUGA